CAGAGGCAGCGAGAGGAGGAGAGACAGAGGCAGCGAGAGGAGGAGACACAGAGGCAGCGAGAGGAGGAGACACAGAGGCAGGGGCAGUCAACGCAGAGGCAGGGAGAGGAGACGCAGAAGCAGGAGAGGGAGUGCAGUGCUGCCUGUGCAACCUGCAUGUGGAGGGAGACCGGUUCACCCAGCACCUGUCGGACCACCACACGGAGGAGCAGUGUGAUACCUGUGGGGCCAAGGUGCAGGGUGCUGUUGGUCUUUUGAACCACAUCGAAGUGGUUCACUAUGCCUUCAGGGUACCAUCAAAGCCGUCUCUGCCCCCUUCUUCAUCCUGCUCUGCCGCGCCACACCACACGGCAGCUCCACCACCUGCAGCACACUUCAGGGUACCAUCAAAGCCGUCUCUGCCCCCUUCUUCACCCUGCUCUGCCGCGCCACACCACACGGCAGCUCCACCACCUGCAGCACACUUCAGGGUACCAUCAGAGCCGUCUCUGCCCCCUUCUUCAUCCUACUCUGCCGCGCCACACCACACGGCAGCUCCACCACCUGCAGCACACUUCAGGGUACCAUCAAAGCCGUCUCUGCCCCCUUCUUCACCCUGCUCUGCCGCGCCACACCACACGGCAGCUCCACCACCUGCAGCACACUUCAGGGUACCAUCAGAGCCGUCUCUGCCCCCUUCUUCAUCCUGCUCUGCCGCGCCACACCACACGGCAGCUCCACCACCUGCAGCACAGAGGGUCAACUGGAAAGGUUUCCUGCCUGACCAGUUCAGAAGGGUGAUCCAGGAAGCCGAUCAGGUCUGGGUUUCCAAAUGCUUGUAUGAGCCUACAGGCCAACUCAAGCAAAAGAUCCAGGCCUGCUGGUUUCACCCUCCACUGGAGCCCAAACCAUCCCCUCCUGAGCCUGGCUGGUACUUCCGGCAGAGGCUGUUUAUCUGGGCACCGAUGAGGAUGUGGGGGAUCCCCUCAAAGUGCCCCCAGUGUUCCUCAAAGAUGAACAGCUCCGGGAUUUACCGGAAGGUAAGGGAGGUGAUCGACGUGGAUAGCCGCUAUUAUCUUGUGGGAGCGGACUAUCCACGUUGCUGCAGGUGCUCGCAGCCGGUCUGCCCAUGGAGCUGCGACAUGCUCUCGCAGCUGGAUGUGGCACACAGGAGCCUGUUUCCCGCUGUCCUCACAACACAGCUGGCUCUGGAUAGGAAAGUGAUGACCUUCCUGAAGCCGAGGACCAGCGGGAACAGUUCCUCCUACCUCCAGUCUGCCAUAGCGGAAGGUCACAGCGAGGAGUGGGCCCGGCAGACCAUCCGCUACCUGGCUGACUGCGAGCUGCACAAAAAGAUGGCUACAUUUGUCCUCUCUGCAGCCAUAUACCCUCCUCCACCACCCUUCAGGCCCCUUCCACUCGCCCAGUGGUUUGAGACAGUCCACUCCAACGACAUCCUCAGCCACGUGGAGGAGAUGAAGGGUGUGAUCACUUCAACCUAUGGGAGAAUCCUGAAAAUGGACUCCACAAAGAAGGUCACCAAGAAGCUGGCUGGUGAAAUCGGGGACAGUGCCGCCUGGAUGUCGAACAUCGGCAACGAGUUUGGCCAGGUGUUGAACUCUGUGCUGACGGCGGGUGAAGGUGCAGGGUUAGAGGAGUUGUGCCAGGGCGUCGUCACCCGGUAUAGGAAUGCGGGCCAACCUGAACCUGAGGCCAUCUAUGUUGAUCGGGACUGCUGCAGCCAGUCAGGUGUGUCUGCAGUGGCAAAACUCUUUCGCCCAUGGAGGUCUGCAGUGCGCCUGGAUAGCUUCCAUUUUAUGAGGCGCUUUAACUGCGGCCUCACAACCGAACACCACCCUCUCUAUGGCACCUUUUGUGCCAAGCUUUCCGCCUGCAUUUUUCUCUGGGACCAGGAGGAUGUGCAACGCCUGAAGGAGGCCAAGAGAGCGGAGUGGAAGAGCAGCCACAGCGGACAUACUCCCACUGACGACCAGCUCAUGGCCACCAUCAGCUCAGCUGAAAUGAAGAGGCACUGCAGGAGGAGGACGCGUGGAGUGGAGGAGAUGCGGAGCAGUAUUUCAGGGCUCCUGGAAUCUGUGUGGGAGCUCACAGACACCACAGGGCUGCGUCUGGUGAGCCAUGACAGCAUGCGCCACGUGUGGGAAGUUCAGCAGAAGCACCUGGAGUGCCUCCAAGACCCUGCAGGUGUUGCACUCUACACAAAGGUGGGGACACUCCAGAAGGGCGGCAAGGAGCUGGACAUCCUUAGGUGUGGUAGGGGGUCCUCCUCCCUGGAGAGUUUCCACCGGCACCAGUGUGCUUUCAUUCCAGGCUGGCGGUGCAAUGCGGUGCACAUGCAAAUGUACAUGCUGGAGGGUAUAUCAAGGUGGAACAUGGGCCGGGCCAAGGAGGCAGUAGAUGUGGAGGGGGCCUCCACCCUAAGAAGCUUCGAUGUUCGGUUGAUGUCCCACCUUAACAACCUAAGCCAGCGUGUGCAUGGUUGUGCUCUGGUGCCAGAGUUCACCCUUCCUGGGAAACCUACUGGCGAACGCAUAGCCGUGGAAUAUUUAUUGGAGCAGACCAAUAGAGGCGACCUGCUGGCUCCAUCACAGGCCUCCAUCUCAGAAAUCCCCUUGCCGGUGCUGGAGGAGGAGGAGGAGGAGGAGGAGGAGGAUGAUGCCAUCAGCAUGCCUGCCAUCAGCGUGCCUGCCAUCAGCGUGCCUGCCAUCAGCGUGCCUGCCAUCAGCGUGCCUGCCAUCAGCAUGCCUGCCUCUGUCACAGAGACCAGCCAAUGUGAUUCGAGGGGCGUUCCGGGGUGGGACGCAGUAGAUGCCCUUGCUGCCUACCUACUCGGAUUAAACCGCACCAUCACGGCCUUGUCAGCCAAGGAGGAGGCGGACAUAGUUCGCCUGUACGCGGCUUUACAUGCGAUGGAUCGGAAACCUUCAAGGUACACCCAGAAGGCAAAGAAGAAGUCGCAUGCGUCAGGAGGACCAUGGAGAGCGCCGAGGAAGCCGAGUGGCUCUGCUCCUGGACAGCAGGCGGCAGAGAGGCUGUACAUGACUCAUGGCCAAGCAGCCCAGGACCCCGAAGUUCACAGGGUCUGUGAGUGUGUCUGCCUCAGACUCUUAAAAGAGUUUGAGCAGUCACGCAACAGGCCAAAGGACACAAAGGGGAAAACAAUGCCCAUCCCUCAGUCCAUCGUAAGCGUGUACAGCCACAUCAAACAGCUGCUUGAGGACAGCAGGGUUGUCUGUGAUGACACAGACCUGGUUCUGGUGCCAGUAAACAACACCACAGUCUCUUCAUGGUAUGUGUUAUUUCAUUUACCUUUCCCAUACAGUCAAGACAGUUUAUAA